AUAUUAUUUAGUGGUACUGUUUGUUCUAUUUAUUAUCUCAUCUCUUACUCAUCACGCUUUCUGCUUCUCUCUUCAACCGCCACACCCUUCUUCUUCUUCUUCUUCCCCCUUCGAGAAAAACCCUAGUUCUAGGGUUAGGGUUUUUUCUUCCAAAAUCUUUCUUCGUUUAAGCUUCUAUUUUUGUUCUACUUUAUCAUUAUUUUAGUUGUAAUUUUUAUUCGUCUGUUUGGAUCUGAGAGUUAGUAGACAUGGACCUUCGGAAGAGAAACAGAAACGAAGGUGGUUUUAAUGCCAAUGGUGGUUUCAAGAAGGCUAAGUCAGAAAUGGACUCGUUAUCAAGUGGUAUAGGAAGCAAAUCGAAGCCGUGCACGAAGUUUUUCAGCACUGCUGGCUGCCCUUUUGGUGAGAGCUGCCACUUUCUUCAUUAUGUUCCUGGUGGCUAUAAUGCUGUGGCCCAGAUGAUGAAUAUGGCACCGUCUCCAGCAUCAAGAAAUGCAGCAGCACCACCCAUGCCCAAUGGGAAUACUCCUGCUGUGAAAACCAAACUUUGCAACAAGUUCAACUCAGCUGAAGGAUGCAAGUUUGGGGAUAAAUGCCAUUUUGCUCAUGGGGACUGGGAAAUUGGCAAGCCUAUCGUGCCAUCACAAGAAGAUCCACGUGCCAUGGGGGGUGGGCCUAUUCCUGGUCGUUUUGGUGGGCGAAUGGAGCCUCCUAUUUCAGGACCUGCUGCUAGCUUUGGUACCUCAGCCACUGCAAAGAUCAGUGUCGAUGCUUCCCUUGCUGGAGCUAUCAUUGGGAAGGGCGGGGUGAACUCUAAGCAGAUCUGUCGUCAGACAGGAGCCAAGCUGGCUAUCCGUGAGCAUGAAACAGAUAAAAAUCUCAGGAACAUUGAGCUGGAGGGCACAUUUGAACAAAUUUCGCAGGCUAGUGCCAUGGUAAGAGAGUUGAUCAGCAGUCUUGGAUCAGUUGGUGGCCCGGGAAGAGCACCGGCAGUACAGGGUGGACCUCCACCUCAAAUGAGCAACUACAAGACUAAGCUGUGUGAGAAUUUUGCUAAAGGUUCUUGCACUUUUGGAGAAAGGUGCCACUUUGCCCAUGGUGCUGCUGAAUUGCGCAAAACAGGGGUGUGAGCUUUAUAGGCAGCUUAAGUCUUUGUAGUCCCUUGCUUUACUGCAUGCCCGGUCGUGCUGGUCAUUGUAUUAUUCUCAAUUUUGGGCUCUAUUAAUGCAACUUUCGUAGAUUGAGUUAUUACUGUCUGUGCAUGGUUUUGAUAUUUUAAAGGAACAGACGUACUAGUUCUAGCUUUUGCUUAUUUGUGUCAGAUGCUUUAAUUAGCCAUCCAUUUUUUUUCUUCUAUA